GAGGAAGUUCAUGUGAUGUUGAGAUAAUCAAGACUCCUUGUGAGUUACCUAUAUCGUUAAAUGCAUCAUCCCAGGUUCAACCAUUUAUAUCGUCAUGUGCUCUGCCCGCUACAUUAACAUCAACAAACACACAAGAACUGAUGAGUGCAUUAUGCACAUACAUCAUGGAGAUAGACGACGCCGAAUAUUUGGAGAAACAUUGGAUUCAGAGCACCAAGCCUUAUCCAAUUUCUUUAAGUCUUCAACAGCUUAAAAAUAUAUUGGAUGUAAAUAAACCGAUGGAUAAGGAUUGCUUCAACAUAGCUGUUCGGAUGAUCGCAUGCAGUGAUGCCUUGUUCUUGUUGGAAAACAAAUACCACUACAUGGAUCUACAGUUCUGUGUAUGUUGAUUAGUGAUUAAACUGUUUUCAUAUAAAUAUGAUCAUUAUAUUACUAUAUUUUACUAACAUGGUAAUAAACAGUCCAUAACUAAUUAUGGUCAAGACCCUCGCCUUCGUGCAAAGCUAGAUACCAAUGUAUUGGCGAAUUUAUUUGAAUGUUGGCCUGACAUGGAGUAUACUAUUUCAGAUUGCAGCCAAAUUCUAUUGCCCUUUUGUUUCUUGGGUCACUUCAGUUUAUAUGUAUUUAACAUGAACACCAGAAGCAUCUAUAUAAUGGACUCCAUGCCUCUACCAUCAUGGUUUAAGGGUAACGAUCCAAGCAUGCAUUAUAUUCACAAAAUACAUAAUAUUGCCAAUAAUAUGAAUGUUGCCAUGAAAUUGGCUAAUCCUACAUGGAAAGACGAUAUUUAUAUGUGGCGUCGUAUAGUACCAUCAUGGGUUCCAAAAACAUUAAACUGGGAUUUAUCAGGCUUUCUUGUUAUCAACUUUAUGCACUCGUGGAAUGGUAAAAGGUUACCCUGCAUUUCCACUACUUCAAGUGUACUGAGGACCAAAUUCUUGGUAGAGUUGAUGAAGUACCAGGACAAUGAAUGUAAUGACAAUAUUCCAGAAGAAAUACAAAAGAUUAUUAAGCGCAUCAGUGUUUAG